AUGUACGCCGCAGCGCGCCCGGCGUACCCGAAGGAUCUGUUUGCCAAGCUCUCGGCGCUCACUGCUCACCACCGCCGAGCUUGGGACGUUGGUACUGGCAAUGGCCAGGCAGCCAUCGGUGUCGCGGAGCACUACAACAGCGUGGUGGCCACGGACACGUCCGCGGAGCAGCUGUGGCACGCCACGCCACACCCGAAGGUCCGGUACAUGCACACCCCCGACGCCACACCGGGGGAGGAGGACCUUGUCGCCAUGCUGGGCGGCGAGGCCAGCGUGGACCUCAUCACGGUGGCACAGGCCGUGCACUGGUUCGACCUCCCGGCGUUCUAUGCCGUGGCGCGCCGCGUCCUGCGCAGGCCCGGCGGGGUGAUCGCGGUCUGGGGCUACAACUACGGCAUGAGCCCCGUGGAGGACAUGAUGGCGCGCUUCUUCCACACCACGCUGCCCUACUGGGACCCCCGAGCUCGGUAUUGCACUGACGGAUACCGGGACCUGCCGUUCCCGUUCGAGGACAUCGGGCUUGGGAAGGAAGGCGAGCCGGCGAGCCUCGACAUGGAGCAGGAGAUGUCGUUCGAGGGCCUGAUCGCCAUGCUGAGGUCGUGGUCGGCGGUGACAACGGCCAAGCAGCAGGGCGUGGACCUGCUGGGGGAGCGCGUUGUGAAGGAGCUGGAGGAAGGGUGGGGAGGGGCGUCGCUGGUGCGGAAGGUCACCUACAAGGGCUUCCUGCUGGCAGGCACCACAGGGCCCAUGGCUGAUGAGUUAUGUCGCUCUUAG